UGUGAGGGGUGCUGUUGAAAGUUGCUCCCCUUCAGUUUAUACCCCUUCCACUCCUUGAGGUCAAGGCAUUGAAGGCAUCUAUUAAAAUGCAGUUCAGAUAACUAAUUGUGAUGACAGCCUUUAUCAACACGAAUUAAUUUCUCAGACAAGUAUCAGAAAAGUGACACUGGAAGCCAUGAGAUGUCUGGUCUGAAUUGGAAACCCUUUGUAUAUGGCGGCCUUGCCUCUAUUGUUGCGGAAUUUGGAACUUUUCCUGUGGACCUAACUAAAACUCGACUGCAGGUUCAAGGCCAAAGCAUUGAUGCCCGCUUCAAAGAGAUAAAAUACCGAGGAAUGUUUCAUGCCUUGUUCCGAAUUUAUAAAGAAGAAGGUAUAUUGGCUUUGUAUUCAGGAAUUGCUCCUGCUUUACUAAGACAGGCAUCAUAUGGCACCAUUAAAAUUGGCAUUUAUCAAAGCUUGAAGAAAUUAUUUGUAGAACGUUUAGAAGAUGAAACUCUUCUAAUUAAUAUGAUCUGUGGGGUAGUGUCAGGAGUGAUAUCUUCCACUAUAGCCAAUCCCACCGAUGUACUAAAGAUUCGAAUGCAGGCUCAGGGAAGCUUGUUCCAAGGCAGCAUGAUUGGCAGCUUCAUUGAUAUAUAUCAGCAAGAAGGUACCAAGGGCCUGUGGAGGGGUGUCGUUCCAACUGCUCAGCGGGCUGCUAUCGUUGUGGGAGUAGAGCUACCAGUCUAUGAUAUUACGAAGAAGCACUUAAUAUUGUCAGGGGUGAUGGGAGACACAAUUUUAACUCACUUUGUUUCCAGUUUUACAUGUGGCUUGGCUGGGGCUCUGGCUUCUAAUCCAGUUGAUGUGGUUCGAACUCGCAUGAUGAACCAGAGGGCAAUCGUGGGACAUGUGGACCUCUACAAGGGUACUUUGGAUGGUAUUUUAAAGAUGUGGAAACACGAGGGCUUUUUUGCACUCUAUAAAGGAUUUUGGCCAAACUGGCUUCGACUUGGACCCUGGAACAUCAUUUUUUUUAUCACAUAUGAGCAGCUUAAGAGACUUCAGAUCUAAGGACUGAAUUACAUGUGAGCCAAGCCCUGCCAACCUUUCUACUCUUUUCCCCUUUAAAUGUAUUUUGACAAAGUUGUGAGUGUUUACUGAACCAUUGGUCUCCCAACAGCCUCCUGAUGGAAGAACAAUAGAUAGGAUUGUUCAAAAUUGUUCAUUUGUUUGUGUUACCAUGUUAACUUCCUUGAGAGGAAGUGUUAACAUUGAGAUUCUGGCACCAGAUUGGUAUCUUCUAUGAAGAUGGAUACUGAUGGGUGACAUUCAAAAUGGCCUUCUUUUCAAAUGUGGGUUAAAUGUAGUUCGAUAGCCUCAGACUUGGGUGAGAGCAGAAGGCAUAGGCCAGGGCAGUUAUUGCUAUGUAUGUUACAGACCUCGGUUCUCAUUAAAGUAUUUAU